CUACUGACCGCCAGAGGCGGUGCUUAAGCACUGAAUGAUCCAUCUCGCGCAUGCGCAGGUCGAGUGUUUAUACCAACAAAGUCACCCGUGACCCCUGAUGCCUACGGAGAGUCUAUAACUUCCGGUGACAUCAGAGGAUCUGUUCCUUUUCAUCUUCUCGCUUCGCAGGUUGUUUUUUCCGCGCUAGCAAAAGACUACAGGAUAUUGUGUUUCAUUCGUUGCUGGUGGCCUUGUGACAUUUUAUUGUCGGAGCAGCGAGUUGCUCGCCCUCCAAAGGCCGCAACGAAAUCUACCGACAGGUUGUGCUUUCGCUCCCUCUCCCGGCAUCUGUACUGCAUUCUGUGUCUAUUUUUUCGUUGGGAUAGUUUACCCUUAGCUGGUGAAGGUAGUGUUUUCGCUCCCGCUCCCAGCAUAGGUGUGCCCCUGUGACUAAUUGGUGGCAGCGUUUCCGCCGAGGCUACCUUUUUUCUCAGUUGCCAGCAUGGUUGGCAACCACUCCUACUCGGCCUGUAUGGCUCCUCUGCAGCUUGAGGAUGGCCAUGAUUUAUGUCCCUCAUGUCUUGGCUUCGAACAUUUAAAGGAGGGUCUUUCUGACGACCCCUGCAUGAACUGCGGUAUCAUGCCUCGGGCAGUGAGGGCAGCUAGACUGGCUGAGGUGGAGCAACUGUUGGGCUCUACUUUGUCGAUUGGACAUUUGACCCCAGCCCAGCGACUGGUUCCAGAUCAGUCUGGGCAGUCUAAACGUCGGGCUGCUGAGGCUGCAGGACCCACUCCUGCAAAAAAGGCUAAGGGACCCCGGCUUGCCUCUAAAGUGGACCAACUAACAGCGGAGCUCAAUACUAUGAAGUCCCUCUUCCUGGCUUUCCAGUCCGGUACUGGAGCAGAGCCGCCAGAUGAUUUUGUCCCCUCGGCAGCCUCCUUGGAGUCGGAGGACGAUGUGCUUUCCAUGGCAGCGUCAGCUGGCCAGUUUAAUGAAUAUGAGCCAGAGGUACUUCCACAGAUGGAAGCCUCCCAACCUUCUGGGGCCUGCUCCCGUUCUUCAACCCAUAGCUCUACUGGUGGUGUUGAGGACUGCUCUAUGGGAGCCAUCAUUCGUAUGGCUCUUGCUCGUCUCCAGUUGGACGUCCCGCAAACUCAGCCGGCUCCGGCCAGUGCUUUUUUCAGGCGUGUCCCAGCCUCCGUCAGCUUUACUGCGCCCCCAUCGGAGGAGUAUUUGAGGGAGUUGCAGGCAUGUUGGAGGGAUUCUAGGGCCCUCUCUCAUGCAACGUCCGAUGGCCGGACCCUGGCAGCCAUGCAGGACGCCCAGAAGUUCGGAUUGGACCGCAUGCCAGCAGUUGAGCCGACAAUAGCGGCUCUUAUCAUCUCACCUGAUGAGGCUUUGAGGCCGGAUGCUAGGUGCCCUCGUCCCCAGUGCCGGGUUACAGAUGACCUGCUCUGUAAGGCCUAUGAUGCAGCGGCCCGCAUGGGACGCAUCGGUAACUCAAUGUCCCACCUGAUGCUCGCUUUGUCAACUUCCCUGCAGGAGACUGAGUUGGAUGCCUCUGUCCACAAUUUUAGCGAUGCUUCACUACAGGCAUUCGCAUUGAUGUCUAGGGAAUUGGGGCGGUUGAUGUCUACUCUUGUGCAGGCUCGCCGCCAGGUAUGGUUGGCACAAUCUCCUCUCACUGAGGCCUGUAGGAGAACCCUCCGCAGUGUUCCGGUGGAACCAGGGGAGCUGUUUGGUUCCGCAGCUCUGGAAGCGCUUGAGCGCACGGUCCAAGCCGGACGGACUCGACAGCAGCUGUCCGGGCUUCAAAGAAGCGUUCCGCCUCCUAGCAGGCCUAGAGGUCCUCCAGCUGCCCCACAGCGCAGCUCUCGUCCACAGGCUCACCCUAGGGGCUACCUAAGGUCUCUGCGCCCACGUCCACAGCCUGCUCAGCAGCAGGCACCGACCUUUCGGGUGCCUGACCGGCUGCCCUCAGGACAACCUCAGUCCUUUCCAACCCGUCGUGCCUCUGGAACCUUUAGAGGCCGGGGACCCCGGCGCUGA